AUGAUAGUGCAUCGGAGUCAUCGAAGAAGGCGUUCCAAGAUCCGAUCAACGUCGCCUGCGCCUGUUGGCGCGGUGAUCCUUCCGGCUUGGCAACACAACCACGAAGAAAGUUUUUGCAGGCACAACCGCCUCGGACGUGACUGGCAACAGGAUUGUGAUGACCCAGCAAAACACAUGCUCGAUAUGGACCAAUACAAGGCCUCCAUUGAGAGUGUCGACAAUGCCUUGAACCGUCUCAACCAGACACUUGCAUCGUACAAGCUACUGCUGUCAGAGCCCACCAAAACAGCCACCACCAAAUCCGCAGGAAAGGACGGCACAAAUGGAUCACGUGCAGAGACCUCUCAUCCACCACAGACGAGCGAGCGUGCGCAUAAUGGGGUAUUAUCUUCGGGUAAGGCGGCUGCUCCCUCAGAGAAAAGCGUCGUAGCUGAGACCAAGACUCAACCCGACCUGAGUCCUGCUGAGAGCCUGGUCCGUAGUUUGCGGUCCACUAACUCAUAUCCGGAGCCGAACCUCAGCGGAGCAUAUCGUGCACGCAGAUUGGAAGAGGCGUUCAUACGGCUCGCGAGUGAGCCAUACUGCCUGCCAUUUUACCUUGCCCAAGCCAUAGACUUUCUUGGACUAGGGUAUCCUGACCUGGCCUCGGGAGCUGCAUACAAGGCUUUGCUGCUAUCUGAUGCGCUUGAUAAUGAGGCAGAAGAAUACCAUGACGAAGCGUCGGACUCGCUGAAAGGCGUGAUACAGCUCCAGCCUUUGGAAGAGCGGAUUUCGACCAUCAGACGAGCCAUGGAUGCAGAGCUGCAGAGCGCGAGUCCUACAGAGCUUGAUCCGACUCUGGACGUUGAGCUUGUGCUAUGGCUCAAAGGCCAUUAUCGCCUGAUUCUAUACCGCCUCCUGACACGCAGCCUUUUGCUUUGCGGCUGCUUCAGAAGCGCGUUGACCUAUGUAAAGCAGGCCCUUAGAACCUAUCCUGGUGAUAGAGAGCUGGCUUCCAUUCACAUUGCCAUCCUUCGCGCCGGUGCCAAGCUGGAAGGCAAAGCGCUAAGUAUGGAUUCACCGCCGAGCGACUGGCCGGAUAGUGGCUUGGUCAGACGUGAGCAAUACCCGUGGAAUGGCUACGAGCCAGAUCGCAUCAACAUGCUCGGCGAGCUUAAUGAGCUGAUGAGCAUUGCUUCUAGCAAGCUCGAAGUCCGCGCUGUUGACCUGCCAGCGCUGGGGGGAGGUCCAGAAGAAGUUUCAACACAGCUCGGUGUAUUCGCCAAGACAGACAUUGGCCCCAACGAGGAGAUACUCAACGAGACCAGCUUGCUAACCGCCAAUAACAAACUACAAGAUGCGCUAUGCGAUGCUUGCAGCGCUGACCUGCCGGAUCUGAACAGCAAAGAAGGUGAAGCAAUCAUCUCAUGUUCGGAAUGCGAAGUCGUCUUCUGCAGCCAAUGGUGCUACGAUGAAGCCAUGGAAAGCUAUCAUCCGGCCUUAUGCGACAAAGACAUCGAAGCGAUUGCGAAAGACGUCCCACCCGCGCAGGCAGCAGAUUCGCUUUAUUCGCUCCUUCUGCUGCGCUCUUUAGCCAUGGCCGAGACGCAAGGUGUCCACCCUCUUCAGCUCCACGAAGCGAAGUACAUCUGGGGCGACUUCACGCCAAUCCCACAAAUCGAAAAGAUCAUCUAUCCAAAUCCUAACGACCCCGAAUCCUGCACGGCACCCUUAACACUACCUUUCAGCUUCGAACACAAUGUUCGCCUACCGUUCCAUAUGCUCGAGAAAAUGGACAUUGACAUCUUCGCGAACCACCAAUACGACGUCUGGGUGUUCAACACAUUAUACGCCAAAUUCCGUGGGACCGCGUCAGCACGCCUCUCUGGACUAGGGGGCAGAGCAAUCCGAGGGCCGGAAGUCAGUGCGGUGCAUCCUAUGUGGUGUCUUGCAAACCACAGCUGCGAUCCGAAUGUUAGUUGGGAGUGGGGUGGGAGUAUCAAAUUCUGGACGAGGAAGGAGCGCGUUGCAUGGACUGGCAAAGGGGGCGAAAAAGUCACCAAGUCGAAGGCUGGGAUCAAGAAGGAUGAAGAGGUCGUUAACCAUUACUGCGAUAUCGAUCUACCGGUCAAGGAGCGAAGGGAGUGGGCGAGGGGCGCCCUGGGCGGGGAAUGCAUGUGUGCACGGUGCGUAUAUGAAGCUGCACAAGAGGAGGAAAGCAAGUAG